AUGUCUGGCGAGGAAGACGCAACUGUAAGGGAGCCACUAGAUCUGAUUCGUCUGAGUCUCGACGAGAGAAUCUAUGUCAAGCUCCGUUCAGACCGUGAACUUCGCGGCAAGCUUCAUGCGUUUGAUCAGCAUUUGAAUAUGAUUCUGGGUGAUGUUGAAGAAGUUAUCACGACAGUAGAAAUCGAUGACGAGACUUACGAAGAGAUUGUCAGGACGAUAAAGCGCAAUAUUCAGUAUCUGUUUGUGAGAGGAGAUGGAGUGAUAUUGGUGUCUCCACCUCUGAGGACAACCUGAGUUUAAAGACUCAAGGAAGACUCUUUUAAACAAAAGUCUUGUGUGUCCUCUCUAUGAAGGGCUUUGUGACUAGUGGUGUAUUUUAUUCAGUAGUUUGUUAUCUAAAAACUCAAAAAACUUCAAUGUUGCUUUGAUUCCCAAUUGCCUUAAGAUAUUUCUACCUCUCAACUCUUUUGGUUUAGCAACUUUUCAUCGUGUGAUUUUCUUAGUUAACAACCCAAAUCAUCUGAGUUUUACAAAU